CGGAAAAAUAAAUAAAAUUAUAGUAGACAAUGAACUCGGAUUCAAGGCUAUACCAAUGCAACAAUUCUUAAAGGACGAAAACAUAGAAAUCCAUUAUAAUUCUAACAGUAAUCACACAUCAAACGCAGACAUCGAACGACUACACAAUACCAUUAAUGAACACAUACGUUUACUAAGACACGACAGCAGAAAUAAAGACGAAACUAUGGAAGACAAAAUGACAAGGAUAAUAGGGUUCGACAAUAAUACAAUACACAGCACUACAGGAAUUAAACCGAUUGAUUUCCUAAAUGGUAAAAUUCAUGAAGACAAAUAUAAGGAAAUUCACGAUCUAAUAAACCAGAAAAAGGAGAAAUAUAUACAGAAAUUGAAUGAAUCUAGAAAAGAUAUAGAAUUAGAAGACGGAACAAAUUAUAUUAAAGAGAUAAGGGGUGGUAAGAAUCACACAAAAUAUAGGAAAGUUAACGCAAAUAAGAUAGAUAAUGACCACUUACAAACUGUAGAAACUGGACACAAAUAUUACAAAACCCAUGUUAAACCUAGAAAAAAAUAUCAAGACAGAAAUAACCCAACUAUAAUAUCUACAAAAUAAUUUAUUUUCAGAUGUCGACUUGGAUCAUAAUAUUUACAUUAAUCAUGACAACUAAUGCACAAUACUUAGAUAUUCAAGACUUGACAAACAAUAAUGGAUAUAUCCCAAUCAAACUCGAUGAAAUUAGUCCAAUAAAAACAUAUUCUAAGAUAAUUCACAUUAUUAACAUUACCAUGUAUGAGGAAACCCUUAGAUUAAUUACUGAUAAUGUAGCGAUACUUAAAACAACCACGACAGAUACAAAAACAUUAAUGGACACUGUUGACAAAAACUUUGCGAUACUUAAAGCCAAAAUUGCUAACUUAAACCCACAAUUUAGAAGAAAACGAGGACUAGUUAAUUUGUUAGGAAAAGGUUUGAAAAUUAUAACAGGAACAAUGGAUAACGAAGACGAAGAACAUAUAAAUUAUUCAUUAAAACAACUUUAUGAGAACAAUGGACUCUUGACCAAUACUAUACAUAACUUAACUCAGAUAAAUAACUUCUUUUCGGAUCAGAUCAAGAAUAUAACAGAUCAUAUCAACACACAACAAUUUCGUGUGGGGAAAUACUUGAAGCAAUUUAAGAACAUUUUUCAAAAUAAAAUAGCAACAUUAGAAGACGAAAUAUUGUUCAUGCAACACAUUUACCAGAUUAAUAAUGAUAUAGCACUUUUACGUAAUCAUAUCGAUGACAUUGGACAAGUGGUAUUUUCAAGUAAAUUAGAAAUUAUUCCAACAGACAUUUUGACCCCAAAAGAAAUGGACCUUAUAACAGACUUUGACAGUUACGUUAAUAUAAAAACUUCCGUUGCUUUACAUGAUGGAAAUAUAUUAUUAAUUUUUAAGAUACCAUUAUAUUCAGAGAACAAACUUAGUAAAAUUACUUUCGAACCGAUUCCAGAUCCUAAAAAUAAAACAAUAGCUUUAGAAACAUAUACAGUACUUAUUGACCAUAACAAGAAUAUUUAUCAAUCAAUUUUUGAAGAUAAUUUGGAGAAAAAUUUGAUUAAAAUUGAAAAUAAAUGUAUACAGAAUAUUUUAGAAUAUAAGGAAGCAAAUUGUUUAAUGAAGAAUUUUGAAAUCGAAGAUGUAACGGAAAUACUUCCAGGAUUAUUAAUAUUUAAAAAUUAUGAACAAAUUGUUAACCAUAACUGUAACAACAAUAAUAAACUGCAAAUAAAAGGAACCUUUUUGAUAAAAUUUGAGAAUUGUAAAAUUAUAACUGAAAACAAAAAUUUUACUAAUGUUAAUUUAAGAAUUAAAGAUAAAAUAAUCCUUCCAAACAUUAUAACUAAAAUUAAGAGUAAUGAAAAUGUAACUAUUACUGAUUUCAAACUAGAAACAAUAUAUCUUAAACAAAUAAAGUAUGAAGAAAAUCUUAACAAUAUACUGUAUCAUGAUAAGAAAACAAAAACUAUAAGUUUUAGUAUUGAUAUUGUAAUCAUUUUAUGUAUUAUUAUCCUAAUAAUUAUAUACAUAUUAAGACCAAAACAAAUAUUUAAUGUUUCGUCGGAGCCUCAAGCUAACGGUGGGGGUGUUAUAAUGUCUCCCAUUAUUCCCCUAACACAAGCCAACAUAAUAUGA